UGAUUUCGGCAUCCGCCAAAAAGCUAGGCAGAGCGGUUCCAGCUCGCGCUGGAGCAACAACACCCACGACCAUGGAAUCUAUAGCGAGGAUAUCCACCCUCCUUGAGAGUGCCCGGGAAUUGACCCUUGACGCUGCCUCGGCCGCCCGCAGCGCACGCACCCCAUCCCGACCUCUUGAUCGGAACCAGGUGAAAAGGCUCUUGGAUAGUCGCAAUGAGCGGGAAGUGCUUGAUGGGCUGCGGCGCGUCAUCUCGAUGAUGUACCGCGGCCAAAAGACACUCCCCCUAUUCUCGUCCGUCGUCAAGAAUGUUGCGUCGCCGAAUCUUGAGAUUAAGAAGCUGGUUUACAUCUACCUCAUCCACCAUGCCGAGGAGGAGCCCGACCUUGCCCUGUUGUCCAUCAACACCAUCCAAAAGUCGCUGUCCGACACGAACCCCCAGGUGCGUGCCUUGGCGCUGCGCACCAUGUCGGGUAUCCGCGUGCCGGUCAUAAGCCAGAUUGUGUCGCUAGCGAUUCGAAAAGGCGCUGGGGAUAUGAGUCCGUACGUCAGACGCGCCGCGGCAUUGGCCAUCCCGAAGUGCUACCGCCUUGACCCCACGCAACUACCCCAGCUGCUAGAAUACCUCUCAACUCUGCUCGGAGACAAGCAGUACUACGUGGCCGGUGCGGCUGUGACGGCUUUCAUGGCGAUCUGCCCUGAGAGGAUAGACCUGAUACACAAGCAUUACCGGAACCUGGUCAGGAUGAUUGUGGAUAUGGACGAAUGGAGCCAGCUGUCGACGCUGCGGCUGAUGACAAUAUACGCGCGAAAGUGCUUCCCGAGAAGGACAAAGACGGUGAGGACCAAGGAGAGAGCUGCCGACCUCCAAGAUUUCUACGGUGAAGGUUCAAACAACAGCUCAGAGGGCGAGCAGGUCCCGGUUCCCAACCCCGACCUCGAGCUGCUUCUCAACAGCAUUAAGCCCCUGCUUCACUCUCGCAAUUCGGGCGUGGUAGUAGCCGUAGCGAGGUGCUACUCCGCCGUGGGGACUCCUGCGUACACCAAGACGGCCGUCGGACCGCUAAUAGCCCUGCUCCGUGGCGCCCAGGAUAUCCAACAGAUCGCCCUGUUCAACAUCGUGUCUAUCUGCCUGACCUGUCCUGCUGAAUUUGUCAAGUACGCCACUCAUUUCCUUGUCCGUGCAACUGACACCCAGCCGGUAUGGGAGCUCAAGCUGGAGCUGCUCACUCUCAUCUUUCCACAUGCUCCACAACACGUCAAGAGCCUCAUCCUGAACGAGCUUGAGCAUUUCAGCCGAGGCUCAGAUAAGAUGCUCGUGAGAGAGGCGGUACGCGCCAUCGGGCGCUGCGCGCAAACAGACACCGCCACGGCACCCAGAUGUCUGCGCCUACUGCUUGGUCAGAUUACAAGCCUAGACGGCACUCUAGCCGCCGAAAGCUUAACCGUCAUCCGCCACCUCAUCCAGCAAGACCCAACGGCACACGUUGCCACCGUCAUCCGGCUGGCCAAGAACCUCGACUCAGCUACCGACCCUCAAGCCCGCGCCACCAUCAUCUGGCUCGUCGGCGAAUUCUCGGGGCUCAACGGCGAGGACAACAUCGCCGCCGACGUGCUACGCAUACUCCUGAAGGACUUUGCCUCGGAAUCUGAGCUUGCCAAGCGCCAGAUCGUCCUGCUCGGCGCAAAGGUCUACCUGCACCAUCUCAACCGGCAAAUCGAAGAAUCUCACUCCCAGUCCCAGUCCCAAACCGAGGACGAACCAUCACCAUUCCACCACUCCCAGCCCACCAGCGGUCCUCAACUCUUCGAAGACGAAAACCACCCCGUCGCAAAACUUUGGCGCUACCUCCUUCUGCUCGUCCGCUACGACACGUCAUACGACCUUCGCGACCGCACGCGCCUCUACAAGGCCCUGCUCUCGGUGCCGCAGCUCGCCACGCUGAUGCUGCUCGCCCCGAAACCGGCUCCGCAGGCGCCUAGUCCGUCAGAGACGAGGAAGGGGUACACACUCGGCUCGGCCGCGUUGGUCCUUGCCGGCGCCGGCGCCGGCGGAGGGGUGCAUGGCCUGAGGGGGUAUGAAGAUUUACCUCUGUGGGUGGAGGAAGGGAGGGAGCCGGAUGGGAGGUUGAGGGAUGUUGAUGGGGCAGGGGAAAGGUAUUAUGGGGAGAAGAAGGGGGUUACUGUUCCUGCUGCUGCCGAGGUGUUGGAUGCAGCUGCUGCUAGGUCGUCCCCGUCGUCGGUUGGGGCCGGGGCGAGGGCGCCUAAGGCUGCGAAUGGCGUCGGGGAGAAGACGUUGGAUGAUUGGUUGGCUGAAGAUGAAAGUCAAGAGGAGGAGGAAGAGGAGGAAAACGAAGAGGAAGAGGAGGAGGAGGAGGAGGAGGAGGAGGAGGAGGAGGAGGAGGAGGAGGAGGAGGAGGAGGAGGAGGAGGAGGAGGAGAAUGAUGAAGAGGAUGAUGAAGAGGAGGAGAGUGACGAGGAGGAAGACGAGAGUGAAGAGGAGUCUGAGGAGGAUGCCAAGCUCAUGCGGUCCUCAUGA